AACCCUGUGCUCUUCUUGCAGUACGACAUCAUGGGACACUCCGGCGAUGGGUACGACAUCGAGCUGGUCAAAGCGGAUAAAGUCCCCAAGAACGACAAACAGAGACUCAAAGUCCUCAAGACGAUGCACGCUCACUCUCAGUUCUGCAUGAGCGGCGACUACACUCUGGAGGGCACCGACGCCAGCAUCAAGGAGCUGGCGCGAGAGGAGGCCGACGAGCACUUCGUGGUGGUGCUCAGCGACGCCAACCUGGAGCGCUACGGCAUCCGACCCGAACGCUUCGCCCAGGUCCUGACCUCUGACCCCGAGGUCAACGCCUUCGCCAUCUUCAUCGGAUCACUCGGGGAUCAGGCUGAGAGACUCCAGAAGACCCUUCCAGCUGGCAGGUCCUUCGUGGCCAUGGACACCAAACAGAUCCCCCAAAUCCUGCAGCAGAUCUUCACCUCCACCAUGCUGUCCAGUGCCUAACACACACACUCACACACACACACACACUCUCAUAAACACAAACUCACUGUUCUGUUUAUCUGCAGGCGCUGGAACUUGUCAGACUUUUGGCGUGGCGUGUCUUUAACCCACUUUCCAUGUCAGGUAGGAGGACUCACCUUUGAAGAAGGUUAUGUUUAAUAUUUAACUAGCAGCGUGUCGUGACGCCGCCGUGUUAGCGUGACAGAGUUAAAUGGCGUUCAGCCGCUCUGCACUCCCUCAGGUCGUCGUUACAGCACAAUGCGGUCCUGAGAGCGACCCUCUGAUCUUGUGUGGUGUGACUCUGAAAUGACACACACUCCACAUUUUUAACUACAGUAGCUCUGUGAACGCCUGGAGCCGGUCUCGGACCCCGUGCGGGGAUCAAACACACACCCUGACCUGUUGUUGUUUGGCGUCUCUGGCCGCUGACGCACACACGCAGACGUCUUCGUCCUGUUUUGGGCUGCGAGGAACUCGACUCGGACGGGAGGGUCAUGAACUUGAAACGGCCUCACUCAUUUUGGGCUUCCUCCUCAUUAAUCACACACACACACACACACACACACACACGCACACACACACACAAAUAGCACCACCUGAGCGUCACUUGGAUGUGGCGAGCAGCUCCUGAGGAAUGCAGGGACUGUGACCAGGGAAUUUCCCACCUGACUGCACACGCUCUUUAAAGGCAGCCGCUGUUGCACAACCCCCUGCAGCUCCAGUGUGUGUGCGUGUGUGUGUGCAUAUAUGUGUGUGUGUGUGUUCUCCAGCAUCUAUGUCAACAUGCACAAGCCCUUUCCUUCCUGGCUGCAGGACCUCCUGACACCCCGUGUUCAUCUCGGUGCUGUCUGGAAUCUUGGCUCUCCUUUCAUCGCUGGACCUCCCACUCCUCCUCCUCAGACACACACACACACACACACACACACACACACACACACACACACACACACACACACACACACACAACCUCGACCACUGCAAGAACAGCUCUGUGCACCAGUGUGUGCUCAGUCGUGCCUCUUAGGAGAUUAAAAAGGAAUUCAGAUAUUUUUAAACCUUGGCCCUGCUUUUAGAAAUUGUUGGAUCUUAGAUAAGGGGGGUAGAGAGGCUCAGACUCGCUCCCUGCAGCUCUGAAAUAUGCUGAGAGGGUGAGAUUUAAUCAAAGUGAGUCCUCUUGAAGUUCUUCAUUGUGUCUCUGACGGCUCAGAUUGUUCUUCUAAAUGUCUGAUAACAUUACAGAGAGAGACCUCCUGUGUUCAGACAGUUCAGUCUGACGACUCAUGUUUUCAUGCUUUGAAAUGUUUGUUCCAGCAGCAGAAUAUUUGUGUUUGGCGUCUAGGAUCCAACCUCUUCACAGCUGACUUGAUUGACAGGCGGGAUCACUGUAGCUGUUGGCUAGGAGGCUGAAACUCCGCCUCUUUACAUCACUUUCCAAUAUGGCUGCCG